AAAGGGGAGUAUCUCCAUAAAGCCCUUUCGUCUCCGCACCCCGCACUGUUCCCCUAUAUCCGUUCCCACUGUCUGGAAAUGCGGCGGUGGGGGAAGUUUCCCAGAAUCUGCCGCCCUUGGUGUAGUUUUGCUUCGACUUUUGCAAAUAUUGCGUCUGUAACUGCGAGUCUUUUGCGGUAUAAUAAGCACGCGAGUUCUCGAAAGCCAAGGUACAUUUUAUAUAAAAAAAUUUGUUUGGGUAAUUGGUGCGGGCUAUUUUAUUGGUUUUCCUUUUGAUGAGGCGUUUAACUUUUGAAAAUAGGGUGGUUUAGUGUUGUGACAUAGUGACCGAGAUUUUGUGUGAACAUAAUAUACUAUUUAAAGUGACAAUUUUCGUGUCGAUAUUAAUGGGAUUUUAAAUAUUCUUAGCGGAAUAUUCUGUUUUUAAAAGAAAUUUUGGAAAACCUAAACGCUUUUAAGAUGCUGAAGAGGAAAGUCCUUUGGCCCCCGAUACUCACAUUUUUGUUCUUCCUAUCAGCUACAGGUUCCUCGCAAAACCCCUCAGAGUCACCUCAAUCGAAAUCAAUAGACACGUUUGCGAUGCCAGGAAAACCGCAAAAACCAUACUUUGAUGAUAUUGGACCGAAAAAUAUUUCGGCUGUCGUGGGGCAAUCGGCUAUGUUAACCUGUAGAGUUAAACAUCCGGGUCAUCGAACAGUAUCAUGGAUGCGUCAAAGGGAUCUUCACGUCCUUACAUCGGGAAUUCAUACAUAUACUGGUGAUGGCCGAUUUAGUGUUAGACACCCUGACCAUAGCGACGAUUGGGAUCUACGGAUAGAGUACGUACAGAAAAGGGACGAAGGCGUAUAUGACUGUCAAGUGAAUACGGAGCCGAAAAUCAGUUUACAAAUCUUUUUACACGUUGAUGAUGCUCAAGCAAACAUUGCGGGUCCUUCAGAAAUCUACGUUAAAAAAGGUAGCACCAUAUCAUUGACAUGCACGGUGAACGUCCAUUCGACGCCUCCGGCAACUGUUUUAUGGUAUCAAGGCCGUUCUGUAGUAAACUUUGACUCACCUAGAGGAGGAAUUAGCUUGGAAACCGAAAAAACUGAACAUGGAACAACGAGCAAGCUAUUAGUUACCAAGGCAUUGCUAACUGAUACUGGAAACUAUACUUGUAUGCCAUCCAAUGCUACACCUGCUUCGGUUAUUGUCCACGUUUUAAAUGGUGAGCAACCAGCUGCAAUGCAAACCAGCAAUGGACACCGAUGUAUCUCGCUCACCCCUCUCUGCAUAACAAAUAUACUUUUACUAAUAUUACUGAGUAGUAUUUGAUCAUUUCCAGCCAUAUCCAUAUAACCGUGAGCUAUGUGGCUCUUCUUGCUGAUCCAACCUAAUCCCUCUAAAGUAAAAGCAAAAUGUUAUUUUGCGUUUUAUUAGCGAACAGCUCUUUAAAUAUACGCACAUAUAUAUAGUAGAGAAGAAGAAAACAAUAGAGUAGAGAAAAAAGCUAGAUACAAAUGGAGUAACUUAUCGAUACACUGUUAUAUUGUGGCAAAAGAAAUUAUUUUAAAACCUAGUGCAGUUCAGUAUGCAACACCAAUACCUGUCAAUAAAUUCCUCAAAUAUACAAAAUAAAAUAAACAUAAAAAAUAAACUUAUUAUAGGGUUGCUUUAUUACAGUAUUUAAAUAUGCUUUUCUUAGCUAUUUUUCUUUUUUAAUACGUAUUACUUUAAAGUGCUUAUUUUUAAAUGACGUCUUUUUGUUUUCAAAUAAAAAAACUUAUUUACACUGAGUUUCUUUAUUAAAUCAAAACAUUCGCAUUUUAUAUUUAAAUUUAUUGAUAAUAAAAAUUUUAAAAUUUUUAGGUAUAAAAUUAUAUAGGGCGAUUUUAUUAUAUGUGUAGGAUCUUUUAUACGUAGAUAUUUUAUAUAAUGGGAUAGAAAAUUUAUUUUUAUUUAUAAUAUUCUGUAUAUAAAUGCUUCUCCUCGAAAGAAAUUUAUUUUUAAGAGUACUUUAGGUGUUAGCGGUAUUCAGAAGCUAAUUCGUAAAAUUUAAGAGAUAUACUUUUCUACAAUUUUUUACAUUGAGCCAGUUAGAUUCCGCAAUUUUAUGACUAAUAUAUUCAUGCUUCCUAAUUCUAAACACGUAUCGACAGCAUACGUUCUGUACCCUCUAUAUUUUUUUCAUCGAGACCUGUAAGAUAUGGAUCGUAUAUAAAGUCGCCAUAGUUAAAAUGUGAGAGCACUAAUGAUUCACAUUUUUUUUUACGAACACCUAAUAAUGUGCCAAUUAUUAUGAUACACUAAAAUUAAUAUAUAUUGUAUAUUAGUUUUAGUGCAGAAAUACUUUUUCUUAUUAUAUAUUACACAUGAACACUAAACGCGAGAUCUUUGUCUAUAGUUAAGCCAAAAUUUUUUUGCACUAAUUAUAAAUUUUCAUGUAUUUCUUCAGUUCAGGUUGUUUUUAGUAGAGUUCGUUUUGAUUUUAUUUUCAAUUUAUUAUAGUUUAGUUUUACCAAAAUCUAAUUUCAGUUAUGUUCAGCAGAUUCUUUAAUUAUUUAAAGAUGAGCGUUUAUUUUAUCGGUCACCUCUUGCGAUUUGUUAUAAUCAAAGGAGACUUAAUAUGUCUUAUUAUAAUUGUGUGUCAUCCGAGUAUUUAAGUUUUACAGUGUUUAGGAAUGGUACUUAUUUUGUUGGGUAUCACGUUAAUUUUUGUAGUAUUUAAAAGCAUGAUUACAAAUAUUUCAAUGGUGUAAAUAAUAAAGAGGAGGGGUAUAAAAUAGCUCCUUGUAGAUUAGACAACAGAAUAUCCAUUUCAUCGAUAUUGUUGUAGACCAGCAUUUGCGACUAAUUUGCGAAAAAUCAAUUCACUACUUGAACAAGUCCGUGUCAAAACCAUAAUAUUUCAAAUGAACUAAUAGGAGACGAUCUAAAGUAUCAAAGGCAGUAAAGAAGUCCGGAACAGAUGCUAAAGUAGAUACUGUACUAACAUUUUCGCGAAAUUUGCAUUAGUUACCAGGCAGCCUUUUGGUAACAGUAAAAUAAGUAAAUGUUUAAUGGCAAAGAAUUCGCUGAGGACUUUUGAAUAUGUGACUUAUAUGACAUACUGACAUAGACUAAACUGAAGUCAGAAAAUGCAUUUGAAGAUAUAGUUCCACAGAAAUUUAAAUUAGGGGUUCUUGCAUGGUGUGUUGCCUAAUAAAUUAUAUAAGGUUAUAUUGGCUUAGCACCUUCUUAGCAUUGUGGAAAAAAUUUGUACUUAGUGUUUCAUAAAAUUAAAAAAAAUAAAAACUGUUAGAUUCAUAGCAAAUAGGAAUUUUAGUAUCAAAAUUUCUAUCCCUAGUUAUUGUAUUAUAACUACCCGAAAUUAUGACAUUUAAAGGUUUUGAAGUAGGUAUUCACAAAGCGAAAAGCUGGACAUACUAUCAAUGUAUGGACAAUGUCAAGAAAAUAAUCGUAGAGCCAAUUAUUUAGGGAUACUCAAAGAGCUAUUUAGAAGAAAACCACAGCCACCCAAAAAUCGGUUUAUUCGAAACGAAAUAUAAAAAAUUAAUGUCUUGGCAUUCAUUUAAAAUAAUCAAUUUCGAUAAAUGUAAUGCAAAAUUAAAUUGGAGUAAACUAUAAGACACCUAGUCGCAUUUUUAAAAAUUAUAAAUUUAGCAGCCUACAAAUAUCAAAUAGUCCAACAUUUAUACGAAAAAGAUCAGGCAGGAUCCUUAAAUGAUUGCAAUAUAUAGUCUCUUGAUCAUUUUAAUGGAAACGAUAUUUUCCAUUUUAUUAUUCUUUUUUCUGGCCAAUCAAGAUUUAUAUACCGGACAUAUUUAAAUCGAAAUUACGGAUACACGAUAUUGCUCACAAAAAAAUCCCAGAAUUACGAGAGAAAUCGUUUUUAGGAACUAUUUGGUUUUAACAUGUGGUUUAAUGUACAUAGAAGCAAAAUAAUUUGAAGUUAAAAUAUUUUAGCAGAAAACAAGUAAAUGCACUUUAAAACAUAUUGAAAUGAUUUAUUAGUUAAUAUAAUAUAAGUUUUUAUUCCAGCUUUUAAAAUAUCUAAAGAAAUAAAAAUGUUAUCUGUAAAAAAAUGAUAUUCAAGUAAAGACAGUUAUUGGUUAUUAACAACACAAAAAAAAAUGGUAAGUGAAUACACGCAAAUCCAUAAUUUCUGAAUAGCCAUCUAGAUGACUUACAGUACAAUCAUUUUUAACUGCUACUUGUCAAAUCAAUGUCGACAUGAAUUUAAAUGCGCAGCGAAUGACGUAACAAUAUACAAGAGUCCAUAAAAACGACAUUGUGGUUACUUCCGGUUAAACCGGGAAUAAAAAAAAUAUUCUUUUAUGUAAGUACGCAGAAUCAAAGACAAAACUAAAAUUAAAAAGAAAUCCAAAAAAAUUAGAGUCUGUUAAAUCGUUGCUGUGCCACCCGGUAUAUAUAUAUUAAUAAAUUUUAUAGUUUAGAGAUAAGCUAUUAGGGCCAAUCACUGAGCAUCAAAUAAAUCAACAAAUCAAUUUAAUCAAAAUGUAAAUAUAAAAUACCACUUAAAAAUAUAUAAAUUUGUUAAAAUUUGCGACCGACAAUUUAAGAACAAAUCUAUUUAUUUAAAAUAUGUAACUAUCCCCUGGCAAUUUAAUUUACUGUUUAAAUUAAAUUAAAAAUACUUUUAUAAAGUUAUAAUUAUUUGGUUUUCUAUAUAAUUUAUUUACCAUGUAAUUGAUUUUAAUGUGAUUUUAAUUAUUAAUGUGAACAUUUUAAAAUACUUAUAGUGAAACUUUGUAACUGCUUUUAAUGAGUUAUACAGCAUUAUAGUUACCUAUAUAAACAUCAAGUAUAAAA